GCAGAGGGACUGCCCCUUCCAAGUGUAUGCAAGAGGUCUGGUCCCCAGCUUUAAAAUUCUGGACGAAGGCACCGCUUGCUGACCUCUCCUCUUCCCCAAGUGGUGGCUGGCCCUUCCCAAGUGUGCAGUUGUCUCCUCCCUGUCCAGUUCUGCGGUCGUCCCGGGCCCAACUGGGCUACAAGUGGUCGGACGCUGCAGCCUUGCGCAGCGCUCUCUGUGCACAGACGCCUUGGCUUGCAGCUCCUGGGACUCUACGAAUUUGAGCAGCCUGUGGCAUCUCCAGCAGGUCCACAGUUCCUUGCCUAGUACCCUCCCUUCCCUAGGAGCAGCGGGCCACAGUGAGCCAGCAGCCAGCAGCCCUCGCGGGUCCUCCUGCCUGAAGUUCUACUAUGCUGCUUGAGGGAGUCCUGCUGGUAGCGCAAGCCUUGCAGCUUGCCAAUGCCCUGGACCUGCCCGCGGGCUCCUGUGCCUUUGAAGAAGGCACAUGUGGCUUUGACUCCGUGUUUGCGUUUCUGCCUUGGAUUCUAAAUGAGGAAGGACAUUAUGUUUAUGUGGACACCUCUUUUGCCAAACAAGGGGAGAAAGCUGUGCUGCUGAGCUCUGAUUUGCAGGCUGAGGAGUGGAACUGUUUGCGCCUGGUCUACCAGAUAACCACACCUCCAGGAUCUGUGUCAGACCCCAGCCAGCUGAGCCUCUAUGUGAGAUUCGAGGAUGAAAGUUUUGAUCGCCUGCUUUGGUCCACUAAGGAGCCUUCAGAUAGCUGGCUCAUAGCCAGUCUGGAUCUUCAAAACAGCUCCAAGAAAUUCAAGAUUUUGAUAGAAGGUGUCCUGGGACAAGGAAACACAGCUAGCAUUGCCCUCUUUGAAAUCAAGAUGACAGCAGGCUACUGUAUUGACUGUGAUUUUGAAGAAAACCAUCUCUGUGGCUUUGUGAACCUCUGGAAUCCCAAUGUGAACUGGUUCGUGGGAGGAGGAACCGCGAAGAACACCCACUCCAUCCUCCCACAGGAUCACACCUUCAGGAGCGAGCAGGGCCACUACAUGUACGUGGACUCUGUUUAUGUCAAGCACUUCCAAGAAGUGGCCCAGCUCAUCUCCCCAGUGACCACAGCCCCCAUGUCUGGCUGCCUCUCAUUCUAUUACCAGCUUCAGCAGGGGAAUGACAAUGUCUUCUCUCUUUACACACGGGACAUGACUGGCCUGUAUGAGGAGAUCUGGAAAGUGGACAACCCAGGCAAUACAGCCUGGAACCUUGCAGAGGUGGAAUUCAGUGCUCCUUAUCCCAUGGAGGUUAUUUUUGAAGUUGCUUUCAAUGGUCCCAAAGGAGGUUAUGUCGCCCUAGAUGAUAUUUCUUUCUCUCCUGUUCACUGCCAAAAUCAGACAGGGCUUCCUUUCAGUGCUGUGGAAACAAGCUGUGAUUUUGAAAAAGACCUCUGCAACUUUUAUCAAGACAAAGAGGGUCCAGGUUGGACCAGAGUAAGAGUAAAAGCGAACAUGUAUCGGGCAGGAGACCACACAACUGGAACAGGGCAUUAUCUGCUGGCCAACACUAAGUUUACGUCCCAGCCUGGCUACAUCGGAAGGCUUUACGGUCCAUCGCUACCAGGAAACAUGCAGUACUGCGUGCGCUUUCAUUAUGCCAUCUUUGGGUUUUUGAAAAUGAGUGACACCCUAGCCGUUUAUAUCUUUGAAGAAAACCAUGUGGUUCAAGAGAAGAUCUGGUCUGUGCUCGAGUCCCCAAGGGGUGUUUGGAUGCAAGCGGAAAUCAGCUUUAAGAAGCCCAUGCCCACAAAGGUGGUUUUUAUGAGCCUAUGCAAAAGCUUUUGGGACUGUGGACUGGUAGCCUUGGAUGACAUUACCAUACAAUUAGGAAACUGCCGGUCUCCAGAGAGAGUUCUACCUCCACCUGGAGAGUGCACUUUUGAUCAAGAUGAAUGUGCAUUUACCCAGGAGAAAAGGAACCGGAGCAGCUGGCACCGGGGGAGGGGAGAAACACCCACCUCCUACACAGGGCCCAAGGGAGAUCACACUACUGGGGUAGGAUAUUACAUGUAUAUUGAGGCCUCCUACAUGGUGUAUGGACAAAAAGCACACCUUUUUUCCCAGCCUCUGAGAGGCGUUCCUGGGAAACACUGCUUGACUUUUUUCUACCACAUGUACGGAGCAGGGACCGGCCUGUUGAGUGUUUAUUUGAAAAGGGAAGAAGACAGUAAGGAGUCCCUGUUGUGGAGAAGAAGAGGGGAGCAGAGCAUCUCCUGGCUGCGGGCACUGAUUGAAUACAGCUGCAGGGGGCAACACCAGAUAAUUUUUGAAGCUAUUCGAGGAGUGUCAAUAAGAAGUGAUAUAGCCAUUGAUGAUGUUAAAUUCCAGGCAGGACCGUGUGCAGAAAUGGAAGAUACAACUCAACAAUCAUCAGGAUAUUCUGAAGACUUAAAUGAAAUCGAGUAUUAAGAAGUGAUCUAACUUAGAGUAAGAAGACAAAAGUUGUACCUCUCUUCAGUCAAAGAGAAAACAAAAGAAAUGGCUACUGGAUGUUCUUAACUAUUGCAUAAGUUGAAAUGAUGUCAGAAGACCCACUUUCAUUACUUUUGAAAACUAUAUCUCUAUAUAUUGACUCAGGGCUUUCCUCUGUUUUCCCCUGCACAUCUGACAACUGUUACUAGAAGUACAGGCUACUGGUUUUGCAGAAACCAUUUCAUCUUAAUUUUGGUGCCAGUUGAAAUACGAAUGUACUAUGUUACAGUCACUUCAAAGUACACAUAUAAAGGGCACAGUCAGAAUGAGUGUGCUUGUAAGUCUGCAUUCAGUGAAUGUAUUGGGAGACUAGGUCCUGGUGGUUUUCCUUUUGAGUUUUAAGAAUGGAGUUUUCUUAAAUAAUAAUGCAAGGUCAGUAAUAUCUGCAAAAUGGAUGCAGUGUUUUAUGGUAACAAGCUAUUCUGGAAAUGAGGUCACAUUUGUGUAUGUGAUUCACAGAAAAGGAGCUACAAAUCCUUACUAUUUCACUAUAGGUAUAAGAAAGGCAUUUUUUUAAUAGAGCCCCAGGGUAAGUCUAUGCUAAUUCGUGUUGCCUUACAAGACAGUGCCAUCUUCUUUCUUCUCCCUUUGCACUGCCUUGGACAGUCACCAGGAGCCCGGGACAGCAAUGCACCUUUCCAACAAGGCAAGCUUGAAUUUUUUAUGCACAAACACCCAACAAUUUUUAUAAACUUGUUAAACAAUUUGACUGAUUUUUAUAAAUAUAUUUAGUGAAACUUUUAGUAGUAUGAGUUCAACCACAUUUGUUAAACUAUGGUUUUCUAUUGACUAAUUUACAGAAUUGUAUAUAUGUGUGCAAUUGUGUGGCUAAUCAGCUGUCUAAAACUUCAAAAUUACCUAAUAAAAAGAUCAUUUGAAAAUCUU